GAAACACCCGCUACACCGGAACGUUGCGGAAAUAAUGUCGCACUUUCGUGUAACUACCUCACAUUCGCAUUUAGAGACAGCGGGCGUUACACGGGGCUCUUACUAGCCGAGUGUUUCAUCACAUAUGUUUUAAAAGUAAAUACGGGGUCAAAUGUGAGAUUGUAACUGAUACUAAGUCGAAAAAGAUCGGCCCAACUGCCAAACGGGAUUUCAGCGAAGACGGAAGUUUUAAACAGGGGGACCUCUUGCUUUGCACAAACGAGAAUAUCUACAUUCUGUCGGCGGACUUUCCCCAGGCUCACAGACAAAUACCGGUUUGCUAAUGUAAACGCAGUAUUUGGAGCAGGUUUUGUAAGUAGUCGGGUAGUUUAACGUGUGGCUAUUCAUGUAGUAACACUGUAGCUGCACUUUUUUUUAACACUUUACGUAGAGAAAACCUGUCGUGUUUGCCUGGUCUGGUUAUCAAAAGAGGCACCUCUUUGAAUUCAAGGUUACUUUUCGAAAAUGCAGGUGCAGAGAGUCGUUCUCAACUCACGACCAGGUAGAAACGGGGCGCCUGUUCCUGAAAAUUUCCGUCUGGAGGAGACGACUUUAGCACCUGCCCUGAAAGACGGGGAGGCCCUUGUUCGGACGCUUUACCUUUCAGUCGACCCUUACAUGCGAUGCAGGAUGAACGAAGACACCGGUGCUGAUUACCUGGCCCCAUGGCAGCUGUCUGAGUGUGUGGACGGUGGAGGUGUGGGCAUGGUUGAGUCCAGCAACUGCAGCACUUGCGCUGAGGGAGAUGUGGUCACUUCAUUCAACUGGCCUUGGCAGACCCAUGCUGUUAUGAAAGGAAGUGGCUUACAGAAGGUUGAUCCACAGUUGGUUGAUGGGCACUUGUCCUACUUUUUGGGUGCAGUUGGCAUGACAGGCCUCACUGCACUGCUGGGUGUAAGGGAGAAGGGUCAUGUGACCAAAGGGGCCAAUCAGACCAUGGUAGUGAGCGGUGCGGCGGGGGCCUGUGGCUCCAUAGCUGGACAGAUCGGCAGGCUGGACGGUUGCGUGAGGGUUGUUGGGAUCUGUGGAACUGAGGAGAAGUGCAAAGUUUUAGUGGAAGAUCUGGGCUUCUCUGCUGCCAUCAACUAUGGCCAAGAUGAUGUACCGACAAGGCUCAAGGAGUGCUGCCCUGAUGGUGUAGAUGUUUACUUUGACAACGUAGGAGGUGUCACCAGUGAUACUGUAAUAGCACAGAUGAACAACGGCGGCCAUGUGAUCUUGUGUGGGCAGAUCUCUCAGUACAACAAGGACGUGCCGUAUCCUCCACCUUUAAGUGGGGAGACACAGGAAACCCUGCAAAGAAAGUGCAUCACCCGUGAGCGAUUUAUGCUGCUUAACUACAUGAGCAAAGCAGACACAGCCCUCUAUGAGCUCAGCCAGUGUGUUAAAUCGGGCCAAAUCAAGGUGCUGGAAACUGUGGUGAAUGGCAUCAAAAAUAUUGGAGAUGCAUUUUGCUCUAUGAUGAAAGGGGGAAACACUGGCAAGCAAAUUAUAAAGAUAUCAGAGUGAAGAAAAUCACGCUGGUUUCCAGUAGCAACUGCUCUCACGACGCUACCAUUAACACUAAUUUAAUAAACUCUAGUAAGCUAUUGGAUUAAUUAGCUUAUGCCAGUUGAUUACAAUUAUGAAUCACGAAUGAAAAAUCACACAAUGUGCCCUUAAAACAGUGUUCUUGAGAAAAAUUAAAGAGUGAGUGCUUGAAAGUCAGAUAUAUUUUGAAUUUUAAUACUUAGUCAUUUAGAUUUCUGGAAAUUAGUAUCAUACUUAAAUAAACGUAGGAGUAUAAUAUUGCAGUAUGUGUUACUUAUGAUAUUAACCUACCUAUUACACAUUUUAAAUUGCAACAGUGUGUCAUGGUUUUGAAAUCUCCCAGUAUAGAGAGAUAAUUUCCCAUACCAUACCAGUACCAUAAUAAGACUUCAGCAGAUGUGUUCUUGUGUGGAGCCCCGAAACUGACAAAAGGCAGUAAAAGGUUAUCAAUCAAGUCAAAUACAAAAUACUUUUAAAUAAUUAAAAUUAUUUUUAUUAAAAAUGAAUAUAAAGCUUUUCCUUUAACGUCCAAUCAGUUGGGGAAAAAAAACUGAUCGGAGGUAAAAUAACUAACUAAAGAAAUCUGUAGCAUAGAAGAGCACCAGCCUUCUCAGUUUGCUACUUAGCUGAAGCUAAGUUUCCUCAUAAAAUUACACAAGCCUUUGUUUGUAAUCCAUCAUCCGUAUACUUUACUUUAGUAUUGCUGUAGCAUUACUGUGUAAACUCUUGUAACUGUAGCUUAAGUGUUUUUGCUGGCAAGCAAACAUUAACGAGUUAGUUUCGCUAACACACGUCUGACGUUCACAGAUGCGCUAAUGGCAUUAUCUUCAUCUUCAAAUGCAUUUCUCUUGCCUUAACCAAAGGGCACAAUGGAAAAAGCCUUUGCUCUUUGCUGUGUCAUCCUUGACCUUGGGUAGAUGUGAUUUAAUGUCUCUCAUAGUGUUAAGCUAAGGAUUUUUAAGUAGCAUUAGCUAGCUAACUUUUUUUUUUUUUUUGCAUUAGCUUGCCAGCUUGAAGCACUUUGGCUAAUAACAAUACAAGAGUUUAUAUAGUGAUGCCACAGCACAAUUCAGCAUAUACUCAGAUUAGAUGAUUAGCAUUACAUGCACUAACUGGUUUAAUUUUAUUUUAAAAAGGUUAGCUGUAGCUUGCUGAAAAAGGCUGUUGCCCAGUGUGUUUUUUUUUUUUUUUUUUUUUAAAUCCACCAGUGUUUUUAGUUAACCUACAUAUCAAACCCACUGAAAUGGAAACAAGCCAUUGGACUUUAUUGUGUCAUCCUUGAGAAAGUGUAGGUGUGAUUUGAUGUCUCUUUUCUCAUAAUUAAACUAAUGAUUUUUAAGUAGCAUUCGCUAGCUAUUAUUUAUUUAUUUAUAUAUUUUUUGCAUUAGUUUGCCAGCUAAAGUGCUUCAGCUACAAAGAGUAAAAUUUAUACAAUGA